UUCCCAUUGGUCAGGAUGUUUGUCCAGAUGUCUAGCUUUUCCAUAAAAGAUAAGUAUUACCAGACUCGACAAGCAUUUGAGAGAGAAGUCCUAGCAAAGAAGAACACUGAUAGAAAAAUGAUACUAACUACUGAUUUGGUUAUACUACUUUUAUGCCUUGGAGUUACUUAUCCUGGUGUGACUGGAAUUUUUAUGGACAAACUUGCCAGCAAAAAGCUCUGUGCUGAUGAGGAGUGUGUUUACACCAUUUCCCUUGCCAGAGCAGAAGAUGAUUACAAUGCACCAGAUUGCAGGUUCCUUAAUAUUAAAAAAGGGCAGUUGAUUUAUGUUUAUUCAAAACUAGUGAAAGAGAGAUACUCUGGAGAAUUCUGGGCUGGAAGUGUGUAUGGUGAGCAGUAUGAAGACCAGAUGGGAACUGUUGGCUAUUUCCCUAGCAGUUUAGUCACAGAGCAGCAUGUUUAUCAAGAAGCUAAUAAGACAAUCCCUACAACGGCCAUUGACUUCUUCUGUGAAUAGUACUGGUAUGUGGCUGGGUCAUCAUCAGAUGGAUACCAAGAAAAUCUGAUGGAUAUAACCUGAAAACCCAAGGCUCUUUCUUUCUUUCUUUCUUUCUUUCUUUCUUUCUUUCUUUCUUUCUCUCUCUCUCUCUCUCUCUCUCUCUCUCUCUCUCUCUCAGAUGUUUGUAAAAUAAUACUUUUACUUCUAAAUAAGAAUUUGUCGAGAGGAAGUGAUUGCUAGGGAAAAAAGUGGAAAAGCUUAGAUAUAAACCACAUAGCAUGUGCUUCAGAGGUCUUUCUUCUUGAAAUUUCUUUGUUAUAUUUGUUGGUAAGCACCCUUUAAGCUGCCACAUUGUUAUGUUCAAAGUUAUCUAAUAUUUGAGGCAAGACUUUUAAUGUCUUGUGUUGCAUUUAUUUUCUCAUUAUAUAUGUACAUUUUAUGUUAUUAAAUAAAACUGAAGAGAAAAGCCAUCCAUAA